AUGACAACCACCGACCCUCAACCUGAAGACACCCACGCCGACGCCACGAUGAAGAUUACCGUCAACCCGCAACGCGCCAGCACUCUCGUCUCGAACCUCGAGCGCGUCGCUUCCCGCAUCUCCUCUGCCGCCGGCGCACGACCCCAUCCACCGAGGCUCGUGGCCGUGUCGAAACUCAAGCCGGCGUCGGACGUUCUCGCGCUGCACAACCCUCCCACGUCGCACGAGCACUUUGGCGAGAACUACGUGCAAGAACUCGUCGAGAAGUCCCGCGUCCUCCCGCGGAGUAUAAAAUGGCACUUUAUCGGCGGGCUGCAGUCCAACAAGGCGAUGCAGCUGGCCAGGGACAUCCCGAACCUCUGGGCCGUGGAGAGCGUGGACUCGGAGAAGAAGGCGACGUUGCUUGACAAAGGCCGGCGGUCACACACCUCCACCACCACCGCCAGUACCACUACCACCGACGCUACCACCACCAUAGAGCCACUCCGUGUGUUCAUCCAGGUCAACACGUCGGGCGAGGAUUCCAAGUCCGGCGUGCCGCCUCGGUCGGAGGAACUGAGCGCGCUGGCCAAGCACAUCACGCACAGUUGUCCGCACCUGCGGCUGCAAGGGCUCAUGACGAUCGGUGCCAUAGCGAGGUCCAAGGCCACGACGCCCGAGACGGAGAACGAGGACUUCAUCUGUCUCCGCGAGAGCAGGGACGCGCUCGCGGCCGAGCUGGGUGUGGCUCCGGAAGACCUGGAACUGAGCAUGGGCAUGAGCGAGGACUUCGAGGGCGCCAUACGCCAGGGGAGUAGCGAGGUCAGGGUCGGGAGUACGAUUUUCGGCGAACGGCCUCCGAAGAAGGACGCGAAGGUCUUGGAAGAUGACGGAGAGUCGGGAGACAAAAAGUGA